AUGUGCCACCACCACGACGAAGUCAAAGCCAACGGCUGGACCAGCACCCCAGCCGACGCCGGCGCGAUCUUCAAAGACCAAUCCUUCCUCCAAAAGGCCGAACCCAUCCCACUAGACACAAUACAAUUCCCCGCCGACGACCCCAUCGUCGCAAAGACAAUGGAGUACGCGCGCGCGGUCCUGCACCCGGAGACCUUCAACCACUCCAUGCGAGUCUACUACUACGGAAUGGUGAUCACUCACCAGCAAUUCCCCUCGCACGCCGCGACCCUGAACCCUGUAACCUGGGCCCUGACCUGCCUGCUGCACGACCUGGGCACCGCAACAGAGAACCUCACCACUACGCGCAUGUCCUUCGACAUCUACGGCGGCAUCAAAGCUCUUACCGUCUUGCAGAACUUCGGCGCGACCGCCGACCAGGCCGAGGCCGCCGCGGAGGCCAUCAUCCGCCACGAGGACAUGGGCGUCGACGGCACGAUCACCUUCAUCGGGCAGCUGAUCCAGCUGGCGACGACCUAUGAUAACACGGGGUAUCAUCCCCAUGUGUCCGGGUUUGAGGGGUUGGUGCAUGCGGCCACACGGGCGCAGAUCAACGAGGCGUAUCCCCGGUUGAAGUGGUGCAGUUUCUUUGCCGGGGUGAUUCGGAAGGAGGAGGCCGUCAAGCCGUGGUGUCAUUCGACGCAUUUGGUAGGGUUUGACCGUGAGAUUGAGGCGAAUGAGUUGAUGGCAAGGUGGGAGUGA